AUGGAGAGCCUGUUGCUUCUGCUGGCUGAGGAUAAACUGAGCCACAAGUUCCUGCAUGGUAAUCUCCAUAUGCUCGACCCCACGGCACCCAAAGCUACUGAGUUACCCACAUUCUCGUGGAGUGUUGGGUUGAGUGCACAGAGAUGGACACAGAGACCGGGAGGUUCUAGUCAGAAAACACGACUUUACUAGGCAACAAACAUAAACAUAACAACAAAAUAACUUACGGUUGGCUCGGUCCUUCUUCUCAUAUUCGGCGCCGUGCCUCCGGGAGCUUCGUUCCCCUCUGUAGGCUCACUCCUUUCUCUCUUUUUCUCCCUCACGGUGUGCCACGGUGCUCCCUUUAUGUGGCCUGCAUGGCUGGUUGGCACUCUCCCCUAAUUACCCCUACUUGGUGCCAUCAAUGUCGGGGUGCCCAGCCUGGGUACUAACAGCAGAGGGAGCCAAAGUCGCGGCACGUACCUCCCCUCUAUCAUCAACCCCCGGGGUAGACCUCCCGGGAUACCACAACAGUUAUUUCAUUUUCAUGACGGUCUUCAUCCAUAACCGUCAGUUACAUGGGUAUACAGUGGGGGAAAAAAGUAUUUAGUCAUGUAUGCAAGCAUGACUGUAAGUCGCUUUGGAUAAAAGUGUCUGAUAAAUGUCAAUAUUGUUAUUACAUACAAUUUAGAAUGGAAAAACAGUGUUUUACUCUAGUGAAAGGAGGAUAAACUGCACUGAUUCCAACUAAAAAUGAGCUUCUGAAGACUGAACUGCAUCGUGCUAGCCUGCUGAAAAACAACAACAUAUGACACAUUUUCAAUAUAUUGGUAUUUAACUAUGUUUUCAUUGAUUGUAGGGCGGAAGCCACUGAAUUCUGGUAGUUGUCACUUGAAAGGAAAAACAUAAAUCACAAAAUUUGCAGCUUGCACUGCCUUUCGCCCCAGGCAUUGCCUCAGUGAACGGUCCUUGCUCUCCGGGAUCCUUGGGAUGUCCCUUUCCCAUUGAAGUUGAAAUCAGACACACCGGUAGGAUUGUCAAAUGUUUAUUGGCUGUCAAUCUCUUUUGUGUUCACACAGCAAAGACCUUGGAAGUCGUCAGCCACUUAGCCUUGUUAAAAUACUCCAAACCAGAAGGUGGCAGUAGCGUUGUUUGGCAAUGCAUAUCCGUGCGUAUUGCUUAUGGUCUAGAUUCUAAGCUAUCUGUGCUAAUGCUGCUAUUUUGUAGAAAGCCCUUUUUAAUACUAGCAGAUGGCCUCAGCUAGAUACAGUGGGGGGGAAAAGUAUUUAGUCAGCCACCAAUUGUGCAAGUUCUCCCACUUAAAAAUAUGAGAGAGGCCUGUAAUUUUCAUCAUAGGUACACGUCAACUAUGACAGACAAAUUGAGAGAAAAAAAUCCAGAAAAUCACAUUGUAGGAUUUUUAAUUAAUUUAUUUGCAAAUUAUGGUGGAAAAUAAGUAUUUGGUCACCUACAAACAAGCAGAUUUCUGGCUCUCACAGACCUGUAACUUCUUCUUUAAGAGGCUCCUCUGUCCUCCACUCAUUACCUGUAUUAAUGGGCACCUGUUUGAAACUUGUUAUCAGUAUAAAAGACACCCUGUCCACAACCUCAAACAGUCACACUCCAAACUCCACUAUGGCCAAGACCAAAGAGCUGUCAAAGGACACCAGAAACAAAAUUGUAGACUGCACCAGGCUGGGAAGACUGAAUCUGCAAUAGGUAAGCAGCUUGGUUUGAAGAAAUCAACUGUGGGGAGCAAUUAUUAGGAAAUGGAAGAUAUACAAGACCACUGAUAAUCUCCCUCGAUCUGGGGCUCCACGCAAGAUCUCACCCGUGGUGUCAAAAUGAUCACAAGAAUGGUGAGCAAAAAUCCCAGAACCACACUGGGGGACCUAGUGAAUGACCUGCCAGAGAGCUGGGACCAAAGUAAACAAAGCCUACCAUCAGUAACACACUACGCCGCCAGGGAUUCAAAUCCUGCAGUGCCAGACGUGUCCCCCUGCUUAAGCCAGUACAUGUCCAGGCCCGUCUGAAGUUUGCUAGAGUGCAUUUGGAUGAUCCAGAAGAGGAUUGGGAGAAUGUCAUAUGGUCAGAUGAAACCAAAAUAUAACUUUUUGGUAAAAACUCAACUCUUCGUGUUUGGAGGACAAAGAAUGCUGAGUUGCAUCCAAAGAUCACCAUACCUACUGUGAAGCAUGGGGGUGGAAACAUCAUGCUUUGGGGCUGUUUCUCUGCAAAGGGACCAGGAUGACUGAUCCGUGUAAAGGAAAGAAUGAAUGGGGCCAUGUAUUGUGAGAUUUUGAGUGAAAACCUCCUUCCAUCAGCAAGGGCAUUGCAGAUGAAACGUGGCUGGGUCUUUCAGCAUGACAAUGAUCCCAAACACACCGCCCGGGCAACGAAGGAGUGGCUUCGUAAGAAGCAUUUCAAGGUCCUGGAGUGGCCUAGCCAGUCUCCAGAUCUCAAUCCCAUAGAAAAUCUUUGGAGGGAGUUGAAAGUCCGUGUUGCCCAGCGACAGCCCCAAAACAUCACUGCUCUAGAGGAGAUCUGCAUGGAGGAAUGGGCCAAAAUACCAGCAACAGUGUGUGAAAACCUUGUGAAGACUUACAGAAAACGUUUGACCUGUGUCAUUGCCAACAAAGGGUAUAUAACAAAGUAUUGAGAAACUUUUGUUAUUGACCAAAUACUUAUUUUCCACCAUAAUUUGCAAAUAAAUUCAUUAAAAAUCCUACAAUGUGAUUUUCUGGAUUUUUUUUUCUCAUUUUGUCUGUUAUAGUUGACGUGUACCUAUGAUGAAAAAUAUUUUUAAGUGGGAGAACUUGCACAAUUGGUGGCUGACUAAAUACUUUUUUCCCCCACUAUAUGGUAAUUGUGCCAGCCCAAGUCGCUCGUUGACAUUUGGAUCUCCACGCUGUCCUAUUCUGGGCCAGGUCCCAGGCUGAUGUAGUGUUGAGUCCCAGGUUGUGUAGGUCGUCCUGCAACUGGUUGGACCACCUGGCUCUCGGUCUUCCUCUUGGGCGUGGACAGUUGGGAGAUAGCUCAUGAUCUCGAGGGUAAGAUGUAUAAUGUCCAUGAGCUCGGCCAAGAUUGCCAUGUCUUCCGGUUAGUCCAGGUCAGAAAAGCUGAGGCUCCCAUAGCCGGUCCCACAUAUACUUCGGGCGACAGUCCUUAGGUGAGACCUCUAUGGAUGAUCCAAAAAAGUUAUCUGAUAGGUCCAAAAGUGAUCUUGGACACGCCCCCAGUCUUAAUUUAAAUCCCCCAGUAAGAAGUUUAGCCCAAUCUGCUACUGAGAGAUAAUUAACUACUACACUUGGCAAAGUCAUCAGAUUCAUUGAGUUAUUUCAUAGAAAUGAGAACACGGAUUCACUUCUGGCGAACUUUAUUAUAAGCAAGAAAGUUAACAAUAACAUUAGCCAUUUAGGCAUUCAUUGGGUAUAGAGCCUACUAAACUACUGCAAAGUUUGAUUGUUUGCUUUUUUAUACAAAAUUGUAUGUCAAUCUACCUAGAUUCAGAUAAUAGGCAACAUAAUGUGGUUACCUAAUGGCUGUAAUAUUGGAGAACUUGACAUUACUUAUGUAAGUGCAAAUACAGUGCCGUGAAAAAUUAUUUGCCCCCUUUCUGAUUUUCUCAAUUUUUUGCAUAUUUUUAAUACUAAAUGUUAUCAGAUCUUCAACCAAAACCUAAUAUUAGAUAAAGGGAACCUGAGUUUACAAAUAACCCCAAAAAGUAUACUUAUUUUAUUUAUUUAAUUAACAAAGUUAUGCAACACCCAAUUCCCCUGUGUGAAAAAGUAAUUGCCCCCUUACACUCAAUAACUGGUUGUGCCACCUUUAGCUGCAACGACUGCAACCAAAUGCUUCCUGUAGUUGUUGAUCAGUCUCUCACAUCGCUGUGGAGGAAUUUUAGCCCAGUCUUGCAUGCAGAACUGCUUUAACAGCGACAUUUGUGGGUUUUCAAGCAUGAACUGCUCAUUUCAAGUAAUGCCACAACAUCUCAAUUGGGAUUAGGUCUGAACUUUGACUAGGCCAUUCCAAAACUUCAAAUGUGUUGCUUUUUAGCCAUUUUCAUGUAGACUUGAUUGUGUGUUUUGGAUCAUUGUCUUGCUGCAUGACCCAGCUGCGCUUCAGCUUCAGCUCACAGAUGGAUGGCCUGACAUUCUCCUGUAGAAUUCUCUGUUACGGAGCAAAAUUCACUGUUCCUUCUAUUAAAGCAAGUCGUUCAGGUCCUGAGGCAGCAAAGCAUCCUCAAACCAUCACACUACCACCACUACGCUUGACCGUUGGUAUGAGGUUCUUACUGUGGAAUGCAGUGUUGGGUUUUCGCCAGGCAUAAUGGAACCCAUGUAGUCCGAAAAGUUUACUCAAGUUUACUCAAGUUUGCCAAAAAGCACCUGAAAGCACCUGGAUGAUCAUCAAGGCUCUUGUAAGAAUGUUCUAUGGACAGAUGAUUAAAAAGUAUAACUUUUUGGACUACAGGAAGUGUUUGGUUGGAGUCAAUGCAGCUAAAGGUGACACAACCAGUUAUUGAGUGUAAGGGGGCAAUUACUUUUUCACACAGGGGCAUUGGGUGUUGCAUAACUUUGUUUAUGAAGUAUGUAAUUGUUGUGUUAUUUGUUCACUCAGGUUCCCUUUAUCUAAUAUUAGGUUUUGGUUGAAGAUCUGAUAACAUUCAGUAUCAAAAAUAUGCAAAAGUUGGGAAAAUUUGAAAGGGGGCAAAUACUUUUUCACAGCACUGUAGAUGACUAGGAUUGUCACCAUGGGCCUGGUUUUAUUAACUGUAUUUGUGGGCAGUCCUGAUUCUUGUAGCACCCCUUAGUUAAUGUUGCAAGUGGAAAGUGUAAAGGUUGGUGUGAGGUGUGACUCAGGUGCGGUACAGGAUAUACAGUAGGCAGAGAUGGUGAAACAAGGAUCUUUACUGGUGGUCCCGAAGCCAGAAUACCAAAUAACGGACUUAUCACGAUAAAAGAAAGGCGGAGCAAAUAAGUCUCCAAAAACAGGCUGACAGACAAAAUACGAAAUACUAACUACGACUGAAACAAAUAAAGAAACAGGGAGAACACUUCUCAAGUACCUGUACAUACGUCUCCAAUCAGACACUGAUUAGUACUGCUGGGCAUAGAGAAACUAGCAGAGAAAACUGAGCAAGGGAACACAGGGAAGUGAGGGCAUAAAUACACAAGUGAACAGGUAGACACAGGUGACACCAAUAGGAUCAUGAUUAGUCCAGACUGUGAGUGAGGAGGUGCCUAAGGUUGUCGGAGGAGGAGGAGGACACCUAGUGGAUCGCUCCAGAACUGCGACCCCCUCCUGUAACAGGAAAGUGUGACCACUUUUUGUCCCUAACUAAUAAAUUAUAUUACAAGACUGUCUGGUAGCUUUUUUGCCCUGGCACAGUGACACACACACACACACACACACACACACACACACACACACACACACACACACACACACACACACACACACACACACACAGCCAUCACAGCCAUGGCCAACUGGCAAACAAAACUAGAUUCCACUGUGGUAAAGAAAGAAUUUCCCCCCAAACCUCGCUCUGUCUCCCUCCAGUGCUGCUCUAAUGGAUUGGGGCUAAGGGAGUGUUUUUAUUGUCAGAAUGAGCCCAGAGGUGAUAUGAAGUUUAUUAUUAACAGAAUGAUAAUUACAUAGGACAACCUAACAUCUGUAUGAUGACUGGCUUGCCCAAACUACCUCUAACAUAAUCACCACUCUGAUGUUACUGUAUACAUACGUCUUGCACUGUGACAUAAAGUAGAUCCAUUACAACACUGGGAAGUAGGAACACUGGGAACUCAUACAUUCUUUGGUGUUGAUUAAGUGCAGAGCAUAUGAGCAGAGUUGAGCGGUUGGAAAUCCCUCUUAUCGCUCAUGGACCGCUCCAGCGUAAAAACCGCUUGCGCUCACAGGAAAUAAAACUGCUGCUCCAAAUUCGCACCAUUAAUUAAAAUCACAAUUUAACCAAUACCCAUCUAUUUUUGGGACUAUCUGGACCUACCAGUUGGUUUUUAAGUAUUGAAACCAAACCUUAUGGAUUUUAAUGAAAGGUUAUUUUAAUAAACAUGAAAAGGUGACUGUAAGAAGCUAACAUCAUUUCAAAUAGGCUACAUUUCAUAUUAAACAGCAUAUAAUCACUCUAAAUAGGUCAGGAGGACAGACAGGGAGCCUAAGAAGCAACUAAAAUGAAUUAUAUAGGCUAUAUUAUUUCUAUUAUUUCAAGGCUACAGCCUACAAAGAAAUACACAUAAAGCACUCAGCAUUUAAACAACAUUUUGUUGUAUUAAAUCAUUAUAGUCUAUAAAUUGCGCAUAUAGGCUGUGACUUACUUAGAAAUAAAUACAAAUUAAACGAAAAAUGACUUAUUAGUGUCUUUUAAUUCAUUUUUAGAAACAGGAGUUCGGCCAGUCUAUGGCCUCGGCUCAUGCGAUGGUGCCUGGAGAGCCGGCCAGCAGCAGAGAAUAUCCUCUCCAGACUUGUAGAGCCGCUGGGGAUGAUAAACACCCCUUUGGCCACUCUUGCCAGGCUGGGCGGAGAUGCAGAGUUGUUUUAAAAAUGUUCUAUAGGUAGGCCUAAAGGUUUUUAGGCAAAAUAACUCAAACAGAAAGUUCCUUGAAUGUGGGAAUAAUUAUGGCCUAUUGUAUAGAAAAUAGAAUGAAAAUGAACAAAACGUUUAAGAGAUCAGAUUUUUUGUUUAUAAAUACUUUUCUACAAUGACACACUUAGUUAUCAAACAAAAUUGGAGUCUGCUCCACACUCCAGUCAAAUUGGGCACACUCCUUGCUCCACUCCAGCUCCGCUCUGCUCACAUUGAUUCAAUGCAUGCAAGGCCUGAAAUACGACUACUAUACCCCAAACACCCAGUGCCUGCACACAGCUUCUAAUCAAGUAUACAUUGUGUGUAAUUAAAAGAAAGGGGAAAAGACUGAAUACGACCCAAAGAUCGUAUGCCGCAGGAGGUUGAGCAUCUCAUCAUGGUUAACCUCAGAUUUAGAAUAUUCCUGAUGUCCUACAGUGGGCCUAUACAGUAGCAUUAGGUUGUCCUCAUUAUUCUCACAUAAUGUAAAGCUGUUGGUUAAAAGAUAUACGUAUUUGUUCCAUUAUUAAUUGUAUGAAUUGAUACAUUUUUGCACUACACUCAGCAUGAUCUCUUGUGUCCCUCAAACACAGGCGUGUUUCUGUUUUGAAGUCACAAAUACGUCGCUAGUUACAGUAUACAGUAUUAGCUAGCUCUGCUAAUGGGGGAUGGCAGUAAGUGAAUUGUGCUAAUAUAAGAGUCAGGAGAGUUGCUCCACUGUGGUAGAGAAGACCAGAGGUGGAGGACACCUGCUUCAGCAUGACUCAACACAAUGGCCUCUUCCUUUGAAGCUGCUCUAAGAUGUCUUCAUACCCAUAACAUGAUGCUGCCACCACAAUCUUAUAUGUUGCCCUAAGAGUUGUGUAAAGUUGGUAGAAUCUUAUUCCAAAUAAUUCACAGCUGUAAUGGCUGACAAAGGUGCUUCCACCAAGUAUUAACUCUGGGGUGUGAAGACAUCCUCAAUCAAGACAUCUUUGUUUUAAUUUUAUUAUCAUUAAUUUGGGAAAUGUUCUAUAACUUUCUUUCACUUUGAAAAUGUGGAGUAGGUUGUGUAGAUCUGUAGGGGGAAAAAUGAAAUGUAAUCCCUUCAGCAAAAUGUGAAGACUGUGCAAGGGCACUGUAUUUCACACCUUAUUAUUUCUUUGCCAUGGCAAAAAGCUAAUUUGACCGCUAACAGAUGGAGGUUGUGAGAUGGAAAGGUUAAAGGUCACUACGAGAGUGUGAUCCAGAAUGAUCCAGUUUGGAAAUGUAGGCUACUGUAGUUAUUGAACUCUCCCCUGCUCUUGUUCUGACGGAUCAAUGUGGCUAAGAUAACGUUGGAUUUACAGUUUAAUAAUGGAACCGAAUCGUUAAAUUGUGAGAUUGUCACGGCUUUACAAAUGGAACAAUACUAUGGAAAGUGAAAUAAUGUAUAAGCCAGUUUUUCCCCCUAUUCUCUUACCACAAACCAGCAGAAACUAUGUCUCAGACUCAAUGGCACUCAGUAAAUUUAAUUUAAGUCGCCAACUUUGCAUGACCUUUGCAUGAUACUACUCUAAGGUGAUUGUAGGAUGUAUGAUAUACUGUAGUUCAAGGUAGUGUACACAUAUCCAGCAUAUUGUAAGUAAGUAUAUCUCAACAGCCUUCCCUUCCCCACACAGUGUAGAAACAGCCUCACAUGGAUCCAUUAGUCCUGACCUUUACCGCCAGCAGGUGUGUCCUUUUUCAAACAGUCAGCCCUCUGUCCUACCCUUGCCCAAAGAUAGUGGAUUUUCGGGAUAAAGCCACUUAUAAUGGGAUGAGAGAAGUCCUGAGAAUAGAAACCUGCUGCCUUGCCACUCCCCCCGCCUCCCUACGCACACCGAGCGGACGGAAUCCCAGGCGCUCUGCAGAGCGGUGACUGCCGGAAUUCUACAGAUUGUUUGCGGAUCAGUCACACAGCUGCAAGAGAGACAGACAGACGGCCACACUUCGCCACCUAGUUAGAGGGCCAGAUAACGGCACCAAAGACAUUCACAUGCCCCUCUCUGCUGCCCACUCUCUUCUUUGAUGUCUACACACACAUAGACUACACACACACAUACACACACACACUAAGGGUAUACAUAGACACUCACAAGUGUAUGCUCUCUCACAAGUGUAUGGUAAUUCAUGAAGACAUUAUCUGCCAUGAAGAUAUGCAUGUCUACUACAAAAGAUGCAUCAUCAUACGCUUGCGUAAAUGUAGACCGCACAGGCCUGUAGUUGAGCAACAUCCAAAUUAUUACAUUAUAUUGAAUUGUGUUUAAGUACAACUAGGAUGUACCUUUCUUACCUUGAAAAAUAAACAUUUUUGUUUUCAAGCACAAAUCAAUCGUCUUUUUGUGGCACUUAGUGUGAGCUAAAUGAAGGUACCUUCCACCUAAAUGAAAGUACCUUUCAGAUGAAAAGGAAAACAAGAUUCUCUACAUUGAGCAUCGUUCAAAGCCUCUUCCCAGAACCUUGGGUAGUGUACGACCGUGACCUUCACACCACUACGGCUCAAGCUAUUUUUAUGUAUUUAACGUUUCGGACCGAGCCCAGACAGGUUAGCAGUUUGAAGGGCAGUAAUACCUCGUGAGAUCAAUGUGUGUCUGGUAUGAGGCUAACGUGAGCAAUUUAUAGAUUUGGUCUGUGUCACUGCUCCCCCCAAGGCCCCAUAGCCAAACUAGCGCCCGCUCUCAUAUAGUUGGAGGGCGGCGUUGUCUUCACGCCCUCAUAACCAGAGAUUUAUGUCUAAAGUCAACACGCUGCUCUACCUGUAGGUCACAUGAAUGUGAGGAUUGAAAUUGUCCGUCCAAUAGAGAAGUGCCAUUAUCCUGUGGUACAGUGAGGGAAAAAAGUAUUUGAUCCCCUGCUGAUUUUGUACGUUUGCCCACUGACAAAGACAUGAUCAGUCUAUACUUUUAAUGGUAGGUUUAUUUGAACAGUGAGAGACAGAAUAACAACAACAAAAUCCAGAAAAACGCAUGUCAAACAUGUUAUAAAUUGAUUUGCAUUUUAGUGAGGGAAAUAAGUAUUUGACCCCCUCUCAAUCAGAAAGAAAAAUCAAUUUUAAUUGCACAUACCCGAGGCCCGUGGCAAUUAUAUCAGACCCGACCCAGAUCCGAGACAAAACCUGAAUUUAGGACCCGGACCCACUCGGGUCCCAGGUCGGAUCUUGGAAUUUCGGGUCUGGUGGACCCGUGAAGACCUCUUCUUGGCUCACCUCACACUUACAAAGAGAGAGGUGUUUGGCUCCCUUUGAUGUUUACUGUGUCACAGUGCAUUAACAUUUUCCUUAAAGAUGGACUCCGCAGUAGGGGGAAACAGCGCCACUGUCCGCCCCAUGGUUGUUGUUAUUAUUUUGUUGACAAGCAGAGGUGGGCAAAGCUGGGGGUAAAAUGGCAGUACAUAUGCUGCUGUUCUAUUGCAUGCGCAAUAAUGUCUGAGGUGUUUGUUGUUUGCAGUAACUUCUUUAUUGUUGUAAUAUCCCAAACGGACGUGGCACUUUCACCAUUAAGGAUUCCAGCUUUAAUGCUUCUCAAACCAAGUCCCAGGUAUUUCCUGUUCUCUCUCUCUCUCUCUCUGUUUGUGCUGGUCCAGAGCUGAUGGAGACGCGGACGGUGCGGCCUUUCUCCUUCUCCUUCAACACCAGUGACUACCGCAUCCUGCACAUGGAUCAGGACCAGGGCCGUCUCUACCUGGGCAGCCGGGAGUACCUGGUGGCCCUGGACAUGCACAACAUCAACAAGGAGCCCCUCAUAGUAAGAGCAAACACUAUGAUGACUCCUAUGAUAAAUAUUCCACAGAGACAGAUACAUAUAUUACCUGAUUUCCCUGACCAAGAUGGCCGUCCUAGAGUGAAGUCGCCAGGACCCAUUCUAGUGUUUUAUUUAAUUUUAUGAAAUAUUCAGCCACUGUACCCAUCUACGCCUAUGAGUGCAAAUAAAAGUAACAUUUGACGUCCACAGGUAAAAUGCUUUUAUUUUAUUAUGACCUAUUAUAAACAUGAAUGAGCCUAUAUGAUAUCUUAUUUGAAGGCUUAGAAUAUGUAAUCUAUGUAGAAAAUCAUACAAUGCACCAGAUCUGAAAUGUUGCAUGUUGUACACUUCUUCCUUCAGAUUCACUGGCCGGCCACUACCCAGAGGAAAGGAGAGUGUAGAAUGACUGGAAAGGGUGGGCAGGUUAGUGUCCUUUUUUUCCUUUUCUUUAGGGGGUAGAUCAGCUUUAAUAUUGCAGAUAGAUUGUAACUUCCAUCAAUGUAAUUGUCUGCAUCACUUCCAAUCCCCCAUAUGUUUUUUUCUCUCGCAUAUAUAUAUAUAUAUAUAUAUAUAUAUAUAUAUAUAUACACACACACACACACACACACACACAUACAUUUAAAUACAUAUACAUACACUACCGUUCAAAAGUUUGGGGUCACUUAGAAAUUUCCUUGUUUACGAAAAGCAACUAUUUUGUCCAAUAAAAUGACAUCAAAUUGAUCAGAAAUAUGUUGUAAAUGACUGAUUUUUUUAAUGGAAUAUCUACAUAGGCGUACAGAGGCCCAUUAUCAGCAACCAUCAAUCCUGUGUUCCAAUGGCACGUUGUGUUUGCUAAUCCAAGUUUAUCAUUUAAAAAGGCUAAUUGAUCAUUAGAAAACCGUUUUGCAAUUAUGUUAGCACAGCUGAAAACUGUUUUGCUGACUAAAGAAGCAAUAAAACUGGCCUUCUUGAGACUAGUUGAGUAGUUCUUGAGACAGGUCCUCAACUGGCAGCUUCAUUAAAUAGUACCCGCAAAACACCAGUCUCAACGUCAACAGUGAAGAGGCAUCUCCGGGAUGCUCUGGGAUACUAUUUAAUGAAGCUGCCAGUUGAGGACCUGUGAGGCGCCUGUUUCUCAAACUAGACACUCUAAUGUAUUUGUCCUCUUGCUCAGUUGUGCACCGGGGCCUCCCGCUCCUCUUUCUAUUCUGGUUAGAGCCAGUUUGCGCUGUUCUGUGAAGGGAGUAGUACACAGCGUGGUAUGAGAUCUUCAGUUUCUUGGCAAUUUCACACAUGGAAUACCCUUAAUUUCUCAGAAGAAGAAUAGACUGACGAGUUUCAGAAGAAAGUUCUUUGUUUCUGGCCUAUGUACGCCUAUGUAGAUAUUCCAUCACAAUGUGAUUUUAUGGAUUUUUUUUCUCAUUUUGUCUGUCAUAGUUGACGUGUACCUAUGAUGAAAAUUACAGGCCUCUCUCAUCUUUUUAAGUGGGAGAACUUGCACAAUUGGUGGCUGACUAAAUACUUUUUUCCCCACUGUAUAAUUCACUGUAUCACAAUUCCAGUGGGUCAGAAGUUUACAUACAUUAAGUUGACUGUGCCUUUAAAUUCCAGAAAAUGAUGUCAUGGCUUUAGAAGUUUCUGAUAGGCUAAUUGACAUAAUUUGAGUCAAUUGGAGAUGUACCUGUGGAUAUAUUUCAAGGCCUACCUUCAAACUCAGUGCCUCUUUGCUUGACAUCAUGGGAAAAUCAAAUUAAAAUCGGCCAAGACCUCCGAAAAAAUAUUGUAGACCUCCACAAGUCUGGUUCAUCCUUGGGAGCAAUUUCCAAACCACGUUACCACGUUCAUCUGUACAAACAAUAGUACGCAAGUAUAAACACCAUGGGACCACGCAGCCGUCAUACCGCUCAGGAAGGAGACGCGUUCUGUCUCCUAGAGAUGAAUGUACUUUGGUGCGAAAAGUGCAAAUCAAUCCCAGAACAACAGCAAAGGACCUUGUGAAGAUGCUGGAGGAAACAGGUACAAAAGUAUAUAUACACAGUAAAACGAGUACUAUAUUGACAUAACCUGAAAGGCUGCUCAGCAAGGAAGAAGCCGCCAUAAAAACCGCCAUAAAAAAGCCAGACUACGGUUUGCAAUUGCACAUGGGGACAAAGAUCUUACUUUUUGGAGAAAUGUCCUCUGGUCUGAUGAAACAAAAAAUAGAACUGUUUGGCCAUAAUGACCAUCGUUAUGUUUGGAGGAAAAAGGGGUAGGCUUGCAAGCCGAAGAACACCAUCCCAACCGUGAAGCACGGGGGUGACAGCAUCAUGCUGUGGGGGUGCUUUGCUGCAGGAGGGACUGGUGCACUUCACAAAAUAGAUGGCAUCAUGAGGAAGGAAAAUUAUGUUGAUUAUAUUAAAGCAACAUCUCAAGACAUCAGUCAGGAAGUUAAAGCUUGGUCGCAAAUGGGUCUUCCAAAUGGACAAUGACCCCAAGCAUACUUCCAAAGUUGUGGGAAAAUGGCUUAAGGACAACAAAGUCAAGGUAUUUGAGUGGUCAUCACAAAGCCCUGACCUCAAUCCUAUAGAAAAGUUGUGGGCAGAACUGAAAAAGCGUGUGCGAGUAAGGAGGCCUACAAACCUGACUCAGUUACACCAGCUCUGUCAGGAGGAAUGGGCCAAAAUUCACCCAACUUAUUGUGGGAAGCUUGUGGAAGGCUACCCGAAAUGUUCGACCCAAGUUAAACAAUUUAAAGGCAAUGCUACCAAAUACUAAUUGAGUGUAUGUAAACUUCUGACCCACUGGGGAUGUGAUGAAAGAAAUAAAAGCUGAAAUAAAUAAUUCUCUCUACUAUUAUUCUGACAUUUCACAUUCUUAGAAUAAAGCGGUGAUCCUAACUGACCUAAGACAGGGAAUUUUUACUAGGAUUAAAUGUCAGGAAUUGUGAAAAGCUGAGUUUAAAUGUAAACUUCCGACUUCAACUGUAUGUACAGUGUGUCAAGUGUAUUGAUUGUAACUAUGUUCCCUCUCUGUCCUAAUCAGGGGGAGUGUGCAAACUUUGUCCGUCUAAUCGAACCCUGGAAUCGCACACACCUGUACACCUGUGGCACAGGGGCCUAUAAGCCUAUCUGCACCUUCAUCAACAGAGGAUGGAGAGCAGAGGUACGGGGACACACAAACAUGCACACGCACACACGCAGACAGACGCACACACAAACAUGCCAGAUCUGGUUUCAAAUGCAUGUGUAUUUGAGUAUUUGUUAUUUAAGAUAAUUUGUGUGUGUAUUUGAGUAUUUUUUAAUACACAACAUAAAACAAUUACUUUUAUUUGAGUAUUUGAAUGGUUAUUUGUAAAAACCAAAUAGUCUACCAAAUACUAUUUGGAAGUAUUUUCAAAUACUUUCCUGGAAUACUAUUUGAAACACUUAUCAAAUAUAUUUUCCCAAAACAUAUUUCCAAUACCCUCAAAUACUCUACUCUAAAAGUUGGGCAAAAAGGCAGGACACUUCCUACAAGAUUGGACUCUUUACAGUGUUAUGCUGGCAUGUAAACAGUUCAAAGGCUGUCAUACUGGACAAUGGAUUGCCAGCACAUAUGAGGAACUCUUGGAUCACUAUAAGAUCUCAACCAAAAUCAACACCGUGGUCACCGCUAACGGCAAUAAUAUGGUUGUUGCCUCUGCUAAUUUUGAAGACGACAUCCUCAGAAGAAGAAGAUGCUUUUCUGACACACUAUAGCUCACCAUUAAAGAUGGCUUUAAAUCUGCAGAUAACCACAACAGACCCAUGUCCCAAGCCUCCAACAUUGUACCCCACUACCACAAAUCAACAUUUGCACAGGAUCUCCUUGAAUGGGAGAAUCUUCUGCAACCAGCCACAAGGUGGAACUCUCAACUGAAAAUGAUUUGCUCAGUUCUCAAUGCGGAUGAAGAAAAGCUUUACACACUGCCUGUCACCAAGCUAUCCAUGCACGAGAAGUAUGUCCUCGCUGAUGCUGCGGACGUCCUAACCCCCUUUGAGGAUCCGACAUUGUCACAGCCAGCUACAUCAUUCCAUGCAUCAGAGGACUGACUAAACAUCUCACCACAUGCUCUACAAGGUACAAUGGAAAGCUUGUCAAAAACCUGAAACAAGCCAUUCACAAGCUCCUGACUGUUUAUGAGCAGAAGAAGCCAUACCAGAUUGCCUCAGUCUUGGAUCCACACUUUAAACUGGCAUGGUGCAAUGCCACUGAGAAGGCUGCCCUUACUGCAGACAUCAAUGAUCUUGCCACAAAGUUCACCAGCACAACACAGGAUGUCCCUCACAGUGAGCCACCACCACCAGCGAAAAAAAUCGAUUGGACACACUGUGGUUUUAUGGAACAACCAAGCGCAUCUGCAUAUACUCCAAACACCAAAGAAAUUGAGGAGUACCUAAUCAUCCCAUGUCUAGGGCUGUCAUGAAAUGUUGUCAGCUGGUAACUGUCAUGCAAAUAACUGCCGGUCUCACAGUAAUUGACUUAAUUAACAUAAGCAUGUUUAGCAUCUCCUGGCUUCCACGCAUAGCCUACAAGCCACUGAUGCAGACCUUUGGAACAUCUACAUUUUAAAAAGGAUAAAUAUCUCAUAUUUAUUUUCGGCAGGUCUAAAGCAACAUGAUAUUAAGAAGAACAGAAUAAAAUACUCUGAGUUGUCCUUAUGUUAGGCCCUGAUCUGGCUAUGCCAUAUGGCUGUUGGCUACACUAGUUCAUUUAGCAGACAAUAUUUGCUUAUAGUUCCCAUGGCAUUAUGUUAUAUUGUUUUAUAGUAAGAAGAACUCCGACCUUGCGGGGGUCCAGAGAAACUGUGUUACGCCAGUGAAUAAUGUGCUUAAUUUUAAGAAUUGAGCAAUAAAUAUAGCAGCACAAAAAAACUGGGAUCCUCUUUUAAAUAGUGGCCAUUCAAAACUCUGUUUUCACACCUGAUUGUGCAAUGACUGGGCUUAUAAUAACAAGUUUCAUUAGGCUCUGUAGGCUAUGUGCUCGCCAACCUUGUUCCAGGGGUUGUAGGCCUAUAGGCUACACUUAGUGUUAUUUGGCCACUUUAGUUGUGAUACAACCCUUAUCAAAACAUAUAGGCAUAUUGGGUAGGCUACAUAAUGCAUGUGACUAUGGUUUGAAAAAGUCCCCAACAAAUGCAUGCACUGUUUCUUGCCUUAGAGAGCAUACGGUGGGCAUCAUUCACAAGUGAUAAUAUGGGCCAUUAUCAUGCACCUGUCGGAACAGGGGCAAGGGAAUAAAAUACAUGUCAUUGAAUAGCGAAUGCAGGACGCUUUUCCCGCGGUUCAUUUACAUGCCAGCCAGGUAGGCUACUCCGGUUGUAAAGAGAAGCAAUGUGCUUAAUAUUGGGUCUAGCCUAUAGAAAGCUGAUGUGAUCCUGCUCUUUUUAAGAGGCCAUCAAAACUCUGUUUUCUUGCAUAGCAUAGCCUAUAGAAAUGUUGCGCAACAUGGGCUUAUAGGAACACUUAUUUCAUUCCAUGCAUCAACCAGCUAUGAGGAGCUGGCUCUCACUGUACAACUCUGAAUGCCAGGGCUCUCGUGAAGUGAUUGAUUUGAUUUUCUACACAUUUGCAUUGAUGUCAGAGUGAUUAGAGGGACAAUAGAGCGCUGAGUACCAAGACAUUAGCGACUGUCCGUUUGAAAGUUUGGUAGGCCACUAAUGACCAUACGUGGCAUCAGAGCGCAGUUUUGGAGAAGCCUAGUUACCGUGACUCAACGGUCAUGUGGAAUUCGACUGAGGUCAUGACUCGUGACUGCCGGUGUGGCGGUUAAACGGUCACCGUAACAGCCCUACCCAUGUCUUCCACCAACUACUGAUCCUCUGAAAUACACAGUCACACAUACCCAACACUGAGGAGAGUUGCUGCUGAGUACCUACAUGUCCCAGCAUCCUCCGCAGCUGUGGAGCAGCUUUUCAGCAUUGGAGGGCGCAUCUUCAGAUCAUAUCGCUGCUCAAUGUCCGAUAAGCUUUUGAAACCCUGAUGUUUUUUUUUAUGUAACAUGGCAACUUGUCCUCUUUCAUGAGACACCAAUGUAAAGUAUGGGUUGCAUAUUGUGAUGAAAAAGUUAAAUAGGAACUAUACAUGUUAAGUGUUAUUUGAAAUUAAACUGCUAUGUACAGUCACAACUAUUUUCAAAUAAUUCAAAUAUUAAUUUUUUGUCUUCCAAAUACUUCCAACGAUAUGCAUUUGUAAGUAAUUGUAAAUACAUUUACAUUUACAUUUUAGUCAUUUAGCAGACGCUCUUAUCCAGAGCGACUUACAGGAGCAAUUAGGGUUAAGUGCCUUGCUCAAGGGCACAUUAACGUCAUUUAGCAGACGCUCUUAGCCAGAGCGACUCACAAAUUGGUGCGUUUACCCUAUAGCCAGUGGGAUAACGACUUUACAAUUUGGGGGGGGGGGGGGGGGGGGGGUUAGAAGGAUUACUUUAUCCUAUCCCAGGUAUUCCUUAAAGAGGUGGGGUUUCAAAUGUCUCCGGAAGGUGGUGAGUGACUCCGCUGUCCUGGCGUCGUAAAUAAAUGCCAAUACUUUCCAAAUUGUAUUUUCAAAUACAUUCCUAUAUUCAACUACUUGUUUUUUCAAAUAAAGGUUAUCUAAAUACGUGUUUUGAAAUGUAUUGAAAAGUAAUUGAAAUACCUAAAAUAGUAUUUGAACCCAGGUCUGAAACAUACCUACGUCCAUGUAUUGUCCUCUCUGUGCAGGAGUACCUGUUCAGGCUGGUCCCUGGCUAUGUGGACUCAGGGAAAGGGAAAUGUUCCUAUGACCCGCGGCAGGAGAACGCUGUGGCCCUUAUCAGUGAGACCUCUUCUUAUCUGUUCAUCAUAACAGUUCCCACCACAGUUCUCACUUACAGUACCAAUAGCCAUCAUCAUAUUCCAUCUUCCUCUUUUGUUCCCCAUUUGCUAGAUGGGAAUCUGUAUGCAGGGGUCCACGUUGACUUCAUGGGCACGGACCCGGCAAUCUUCAGAACCCUGGGGGACAGACCUGCUGUCAGGACUGAGCAAUAUGACUCCCGCUGGUUGAAUGGUAAGCUUGCCCCUGACUCACAGGUGACACUUUGAACAACCCAUGACUACAUUUCCCUGAGGAAAAAGUCAGCCAUCUCUCUCUCUCGUCUGAGGAGAUGACGUAAAUGCCUGUGCCUACGCACACAAUGUAAACUAGAUGGAUGGGGAAGAAAUGUGGGAUGUAACUCACUAAAAUAAUGGGACACAACAACCAGAUCUCAAUGUUAGCCCUCUGGGGUAAUUUAGUAAUGUACUGAACAACUCAUAAAGAAACAGCAAUAAAACAAAGACCAAUCAAACAAACCAGGGAAGGUAAGAGAAGGGAAUGUUCGGGAACGGGGUCCAAGUAAUGAAGAUAAACAAAAGGUCCCUCCUCUUCUACACACCUAAUCCUUCCUAACACAAGCCUUAACUCGCUUUCCUACCUGUUACCACAAAUACAGGGGUGACACCCGCUGGCUAACCUAGCCACGCCCACCAUCGUCAGCCGCAACUCAGCACACCUGUAAUAACCAAAACACACAAACAGAACAACCACUCUGAACCACACACACACUACAAAGGACGAUUGGGAGAAAGAAAAACAUGUCACACGUAACACUCGCUCUUUAAUUUGUCACAUGCACAAAUACAGUGAAAUGCUUAGCUUGCAAGCCCUUCCCAACAGUGCAGUAUUCAACAUCUAAAUAGUAUUUUUUUUGUAUCAUUAUAUAUAAAAGUUUGGACACACCUACUCAUUCAAGGGUUUUUCUUUAUUUUUACUAUUUUUUACAUUGUAGAAUAAUAGUGAAGACAUCAAAACUAUGAAAUAACACAUAUGGAAUCAUGUUGUAAACAAAAAAGUGUUUAAAAAAAUCAAAGUAUAUUUUAUAUUUGAGAAUCUUCAAAGUUGCCACCCUUUGCCUUGAUGACAGCUUUGCACACUCUUGGCAUUCUCUCAACCAGCUUCAUAAAGUAGUCACCUGGAAUGCAUUUCAAUUAACAGGUGUGCCUUCUUAAAAGUUAAUUUGUGGAAUUUCUUUCCUUCUUAAUGCGUUUGAGCCAAUCAGUUGUGUUGUGACAAUGUAGGGGGGGGGUAUAUAGAAGAUAGCCCUAUUUGGUAGGUAUAACAGCUCAAAUAAGCAAAGAGAAACGACAGUCCAUCAUUACUUUAAGAAAUGGAGAUCAGUCAAUACGGAACAUUUCACGAACUUUGAACGUUUCUUCAAGUGCAGUCGCAAAAACCAUCAAGCGCUAUGAAACUGGCUCUCAUGAGGACCGCCACAGGAAUGGAAGACCCAGAGUUACUUCUGCUGCAGAGGAUAAGUUCAUCAAAGUUACCAGCCUCAGAAAUUGCAGCCCAAAUAAAUGCUUCACAGAGUUCAAGUCACAUCUCAACAUCAACUGUUCAGAGGGGACUGUGUGAAUCAGGCCUUCAUGGUCGAAUUGCUGCAAAGAAACCACUACUAAAGGACACCAAUAAUAAGAAGAGAUCUGCUGGGGCCAAGAAAUACGAGCAAUGGACAUUAGACCGGUGGAAACUUGUCCUUUGGUCUGGAGUCCCAAUUGGAGAUUUUUGGUUCCAACCGCCAUGUCUUUGUGAGACGCGGUGUGGGUGAACAGACGAUCUCCUCAUGUGUAGUUCCCACCGUAAAGCAUGGAGGAAGAGGUGUUUGGUGUGGGGGUGCUUUGCUGGUGACACUGUCUGUGAUUUAUUUAGAAUUCAAGGCACACUUAACCAGCAUUUCUACCACAGCAUUCUGCAGCGAUACGCCAUCCCAUCUGGUUUGGGCUUAGUGGAACUAUCAUUUGUUUUUCAACAGGACAAUGACCCAACACACCUCCAGGCUGUAUAAGGGCUAUUUUACCAAGAAGGAGAGUGAUGGAGUGCUGCAUCAGAUGACCUGGCCUCCACAAUCCCCUGACCUCAACCCAAUUGAGAUGGUUUGGGAUGAGUCGGACGGCAGAGUGAAGGAAAAGCAGCCAACAAGUGCUCAGCAAAUGUGGGAACUCCUUCAAGACUGUUGGAAAAGCAUUCCAGGUGAAGUUGAGAGAAUGCCAAGAGUGUGCAAAGCUGUCAUCAAGGCAAAGGGUGGCUACUUUGAAGAUUCUCAAAUAUAAAAUAUACUUUGAUUUUUUUUACACUUUUUUGUUUACAACAUGAUUCCAUAUGUGUUAUUUCAUAGUUUUGAUGUCUUCACUGUUGUUCUACAAUGUUAAAAAUUAAGAAAAACCCUUGAAUGAGUAGGUGUGUCCAAACUUUUGACUGGUACUGUAUAUAUAUAUAUAUAAGUGCCAGUACCAAAUUACAAUUUGCAGGGAUACUGGAGUAGUUGAGGUAGAUACUGUAUGUACAUGUAGGCAGGGAUUAGGAGAAAUUGACUGGUAGCAGGAUAAAUAAUAAUAAUCUCUCCCUCUCUCUCUCUCUCUCUGUCACUCUCUCUCUGUCUGUCUGUCACUCUCUUUCACUCUUUCUCUAUUACCCUCCUUUCUCAAAUUGACUAAUCUGUCUGUCUCCAUCUCCAGAGCCUGUGUUUGUGAAGAUCCAGCAGAUUCCUGACAGCUCUGAGAGAAACGAUGAUAAGCUCUACUUCUUCUUCCGGGAGAAGAGCCUGGACGCAGCCGGGGGUGGCAGCCCCAGUGUCCUGGCCAGGGUGGGCCGAGUAUGCCUGGUGAGAGAGCCUCGUAUAUCCCCCCUGACCCCACAAACACACACACACACACACACACACACCACAGGAGGCUGCUGAGGGGAGGAUGGCUCAUAAUAUUGUCUGGAACGGAGUAAAUAGAAUGGCGUCAAAAACCUGGAAAUCAUGUAUUUGAUGUGUUGGAUACCAUUCAAUUUAUUCUGUUCCAGCUGUUACUAUGAGCCCAUCCUCCCCAAUUAAGGUGCCACCGGCCGCCUGUGACUCACACAUACUGUAUCCACACACUGGGAUUGAUUGGUUCAGAUGGCACAGUUAGUCGGAGCAUGGCACUUGCAACACCAAGUUUAUAUUAGAGUUAGGGUAGUUUCGCACAACCAUUGGACACUAGAAAGCCAAGUGGUUGUGGUGAUGAUAUUGAGUGAUUUACCCUUUUGUGUAAAUUCACCCUAACUUUGUUUAACCUUCCCAGAAUGAUGAUGGGGGUCAGAGGUCACUGGUCAACAAGUGGACGACCUUCCUGAAGGCUCGGCUGGUGUGCUCAGUGAUAGGCAGCGAUGGUGUGGAGACCUAUUUCGAUGAGCUGAGUGAGACUGCUUUUCAUUCCUGCUGAAUGGACAUACUGUACAGCAGGCUGCAAUUCAAUCAGUUGCAGAUAAAGGAAAACCACAAUGCAGCUUUGCUCAGAAUGUUUACGCUUUGAUUGAAUUGGGGGCUUAGUCUUGUUUUGACACUUGUUUAUAGAAAAGGCACUGUUAACACCUUUGUCAACUUCCUUCCCUUCAGAGGAUGUCUUCAUUCAGCCAACACAAGACGAACGCAAUCCUGUCGUGUACGCGGUAUUUUCUACUGCGGGGUAAUAUAUCACUUCAAUCAUUCCAAAAUUAUUUUAUUUUACACAACCAUACAUUCUAUGUCCUUUGUUAGUGUUGUGCUAAAAAGAAAUCCUGCCCACCCAGUAGUUCUCCACAAAUGAAGUUAUAGAACCUUGGGGUAGUUCAGUAGCGGUGUGUUGAUAAAAUCACUGGGGAAGCCAAGCCAGGGAAAAAAAGCCAUAUUACAACCUAUGUGUUGUGAUAAUUGCGUUGUUUGCUCUAUAACCUGUUAGUUCAUAUGCUUUAAUACAUUCAACCACACCUUUGUUUUAUCACAAAACCGGAGAGCAACAUCUGUCCUGUGAAGUCCACAAAGCAAAUUGCAUGUAACAAACAGUUACGUGACCUACAGCAUGGUCAAGCAAGGUAAUGUUUCUGACAUUUUCAGACCACUAAACAACUAUUGAUUUAGAACCAUGGAGAGUUACCGCAAGUCCCAAAGAAAACAGGAGCUGCCUCCACUAUUCCAGCACCAUUUCAACUUCAACAUUUCAACAUCAGCAAAUCACCUAUGCUUAGUCCAGUACAUUUACAACUAAAAGAUACCAAAAACAAUUUAGUCCAAUCAACGUAAGCCAAAUAUGAUGUGGCUGUCCAUGGUACUGAUUUGUUUGUUUGUGUGUGUGUGCAGGAAAAACUUGACUCACCCUACUUGUAGAGAAACGCCAAUGCCAUCCUCCUCUCUUUCAUGUUGCCGAAACGGUCUAUGACUCUGUCAUACAGUCCACAUUUUUAGUUUUUGUUGUCCUAGGCUACCUGGCUAAAAUGCUUGCUCACUAGCGUAACUUCCUUUCAUGGGCAACGAUGAGCCAGCUAGUUAACAUGAGCCUACUAGCCUACAUCUAGCUACAUAUUGAACUUCCAUCCUCUCAGGCCAGGGGCACAAUGUAUGAGUUUAUGGUUGAAUCAGAAUCACUGUUAUAAUCAUUGGCUUGUACAGAGUAAAUAAAACCACAAGUCCAAAUCCUUAUCUCCAUCCAUGGCUAAUUUAGAAAAGGGCCAAUUUUAGCUAGCUAGCUAGCCACCGGAGGACAACGACACAACGAGAUGCAGCAAUUCAUAUCAUUCUGUCAAUGAUGUUUGGCUUUUGAUGUGAUGUGAUUGGUGUGAAGCCAAAUCCAAACUGGCUUCCAUUGACACUUUUUUUUGGUUCGCCAGGACCAUUCACAGUUGAGCUCACUCAGUUUAGCUCAACGCUUAUUGGCUAUUAUUGUAUUUAUUUUUUAUCAAGGGAGGCCAAAUGCUCGCUGGCUUCUCUUGCAUUCAAUGCUACAGACGGCAACAAUGUCAUAUUAUUUUUGACCAGACAUCAUCAGAUAGAUGGGCUACACAUACAGAGACAGAGGGGCGCUGUUUCGCUCGCUUGGAUGCUUUCUCCGGUGAGAUACAUUCAGCCUCUUGCGAAUUGAAUUAUGAAACACAGAGAGAUGAAAGAUACAUUAUUUAAUAUGUUUUUUUCUUGGUACAUUUUUGGGGACGCCUUUCUUCCCUUGGUAUCCAUGAAUAUACACCACUGGGGUAGUUUAUUUUGAUGUCUCUCUUCCACCAUCUUUCCACCUCUUUCCUUAGGUCUGUGUUUAAGGGCUCAGCCGUGUGUGUGUACUCUAUGUCCGACAUCCGCAAUGUCUUCAAUGGCCCCUUCUCACACAAGCAUGGACACAACUACCAGUGGACCCCCUACACUGGGAAGAUCCCCUACCCUCGCCCUGGAACAGUACGUACACUCAGGACCAAAUGCCUCCAGGAAAUACAGCAUAUCUCUAUUGGAAUGUAACAACAUGAUAUGAGAUAACAGAUUAGAAUGUCUAAAAUUAAUGGUAGAUAAUUUGACUAGUAGACAGUAGCCUAAUAAACAUACAAAUGAUGGAUAGCUUUGAAGUUGUUAUUGAUCAUAGACUCAAAUCUAGAUCAACAAAUAAUCAAAAGAAACAAUGUGUCAAACUGUCAGUGUCUUGGUGUGGUCAUAAUCACAUCAUUCCCAUGAUCCAACACACAAGAACAUGGAAAUGAAAACAUGCAGUUCUGAUUUGCCAAGUCCAGAUAGUUCUUCCCUGUUUCAGAAGGUUUUCUUAUUUUUGGUGCCACUGAACAUGACCCAGUUCAACCAGAGCUCUCUGUCCUCUUCGUCUACAGUGUCCAGGAGGAACGUUCACCCCGGGCCUCCGCUCCACCAAGGAGUUUUCUGAUGAGGCAGUGAACUUUGUGAGGGCGCACCCCCUCAUGUACCACCCUGUCUACCCCAUACACAAGCGCCCCCUGGUGGUCCGAACAGGGGUGGACUACCGAUUCACCUCCAUCGUGGUGGACCUGGUGGAUGCUGUGGACGGGAGGUAUGAGGUGCUCUUCCUGGGCACAGGUGAGUCAUGCUAGCUAGGUUCUUCCUCCUUUUUACUGAGGGGGAACAUCAGGGGCUGUAUGUAUCAAGCAUCUCAGAGUAUGAGUGCAAAUUUAGGGUCAGUUUGCAUCUCAGAGUAGAAGUGCUGAUUUAGGAUCAGUUUUGCCUUUUAGAUCACAAUUAAUAAGAUUACAUGGACAGUGGGGCUCUGAUCCUAGAUCAGCAUUUCUACUCUGAGAUGCUUGAUACAUAUGGCCCCAGAUUCGGUCAAAUCCUAAAUUGACAUUUACAUUUUAGUCAUUUAGCAGACACUUAUCCAGAGCGACUUACAGGAGCAAUUAGGGUUAAGUGCCUUGCUCAAGGGCACAUCGACAAAUUUUUCACCUAGUCGGCUCGGGGAUUAGAACCAGCGACCUUUCGGUUACUGGCACAACGCUCUUAACCACUAAGCUACCUGCCGCCCCAAAUUGAGAUACAGUGGGGGGAAAAAAGUAUUUAGUCAGCCACCAAUUGUGCAAGUUCUCCCACUUAAAAAGAUGAGAGAGGCCUGUAAUUUUCAUCAUAGGUACAUACGUCAACUAUGACAGACAAAAUGAGAAAAAAAAAUCCAGAAAAUCACAUUGUUGGAUUUUUAAUGAAUUGAUUUGCAAAUUAUGGUGGAAAAUAAGUAUUUGGUCAAUAACAAAAGUUUCUCAAUACUUUGUUAUAUACCCUUUGUUGGCAAUGACACAGGUCAAACGUUUUCUGUAAGUCUUCACAAGGUUUUCACACACUGUUGCUGGUAUUUUGGCCCAUUCCUCCAUGCAGAUCUCCUCUAGAGCAGUGAUGUUAUGGGGCUGUCGCUGGGCAAAACGGACUUUCAACUCCCUCCAAAGAUUUUCUAUGGGGUUGAGAUCUGGAGACUGGCUAGGCCACUCCAGGACCUUGAAAUGCUUCUUACGAAGCCACUCCUUCGUUGCCCGGGCGGUGUGUUUGGGAUCAUUGUCAUGCUGAAAGACCCAGCCACGUUUCAUCUUCAAUGCCCUUGCUGAUGGAAGGAGGUUUUCACUCAAAAUCUCACGAUACAUGGCCCCAUUCAUUCUUUCCUUUACACGGAUCAGUCGUCCUGGUCCCUUUGCAGAAAAACAGCCCCAAAGCAUGAUGUUCCCACCCCCAUGCUUCACAGUAGGUAUGGUGUUCUUUGGAUGCAACUCAGCAUUCUUUGUCCUCCAAACACGACGAGUUGAGUUUUUACCAAAAAGUUCUAUUUUGGUUUCAUCUGACCAUAUGACAUUCUUCCAAUCCUCUUCUGGAUCAUCCAAAUGCACUCUAGCAAACUUCAGACGGGCCUGGACAUGUACUGGCUUAAGCAGGGGGACACGUCUGGCACUGCAGGAUUUGAGUCCCUGGCGGCGGCAUAGUGUGUUACUGAUGGUAGGCUUUGUUACUUUGGUCCCAGCUCUCUGCAGGUCAUUCACUAGGUCCCCCCGUGUGGUUCUGGGAUUUUUGCUCACCGUUCUUGUGAUCAUGGUCUUGUAUGUCUUCCAUUUCCUAAUAAUUGCUCCCACAGUUGAUUUCUUCAAACCAAGCUGCUUACCUAUUGCAGAUUCAGUCUUCCCAGCCUGGUGCAGGUCUACAAUUUUGUUUCUGGUGUCCUUUGACAGCUCUUUGGUCUUGGCCAUAGUGGAGUUUGGAGUGUGACUGUUUGAGGUUGUGGACAGGUGUCUUUUAUACUGAUAACAAGUUCAAACAGGUGCCAUUAAUACAGGUAACAAGUGGAGGACAGAGGAGCCUCUUAAAGAAGAAGUUACAGGUCUGUGAGAGCCAGAAAAAUUGCUUGUUUGUAGGUGACCAAAUACUUAUUUUCCACCAUAAUUUGCAAAUCAAUUCAUUAAAAAUCCUACAAUGUGAUUUUCUGGAUUUUUUUUCUAAUUUUGUCUGUCAUAGUUGAUGUGUACCUUUGAUGAAAAUUACAGGCCUCUCUCAUCUUUUUAAGUGGGAGAACUUGCACAAUUGGUGGCUGACUAAAUACUUAUUUUCCCCACUGUAUGUGUACAGCUGGAACUGGGUAAAUAACGCCUUGAUCAUAGAAAUAAUUGGAUCAUGCUCACGUACCUCAAGUUAGGAGUUAGCUCUCAGUGAAUCAUUUCCUUUCAACUCUGUAUUAGGGGUGUGAUAUUUAAACGUUUAAACAAAUUUGGGAUCGCUAACCUUUAGAAAAUAUCCCUAACAGCAAAUUUUGUAAAAAACAUUGCACAAAAUAAAAAUCACAGUGUACUAUCACAAAGCUACCAUUAACAUUAACAGGUCCCGGUCAUCAUCAUAAAGGCAAAUAUAUAUAUAUAUAUAUAUAUAUUUUUACAAAUACGUAACGCAACAAUGCUGUAAGUAGGAGAAGAUAUGCGUCUUUCAAAUGAUUUGCCACGGAUAUAAAGCGCUCCGCACAUCAUCGUCGUUAACAAUUGGGUAAUACCCAGGCGAAGGAGAUGUGACUGUAUGGAAGGGAGUUUAGUCCAACGGUAGUUAUUCCUGUAAAUCCACCAUGGCUACUCCCGCCUCCAGUAGUUGAUCUCGAAGUGUUGGAGAGACUACAGAAAGAUAGGGAGGGGGUUGAUCCAGCUGAUUUCUUUAAGAGACGUCUGGAAACUGUGUAUCAGGAUUUUGUGGCCAUUUACACAGAUGGUUCAAAAGAUCCAAGGACAGGACGUACUGGGUCAGCAUUUGUAGUGCAGGAGUGUGUGGAAGUCAGGAAACUUAUUACAGAUCAUCUGGCUGUAUAUACGGCGGAGCUGAUGGCCAUACUGUUGAUCUUGCAGUGUGUGGAGGAAGUUAAGCCAGACAGAAUAGUUAUUUGCUCUGAUUCAUGUGCAGUGUUAAUGAGUCUCCAGUCCUUUAGCUCACGUCGCAGACAAAACCUGCUUUAUGAGGUGCUACAAACCCAUGGCAGGAUUAAACAGAUGGGAAUUCAGAUAAGAUUUACUUGGGUUCCAGCCCAUGUGGGGGUGGAGGGGAAUGAGGCAGUAGAUGAACAGGCUAAACAAGCACUUAGUAGUGGGGAUGUUGAUGUUGAAGUGUCAAUGAGCAAGGCAGAGGCAAAAAGACUGAUAUAUACAGUGAUGGUGCAGAGAUGGCAGGAGCAGUGGAAUAGAGAUAAUAAGGGAAAGCAUUUAUUUCAGGUACAGAGGAAAGUCGGCGAGGGGAGGACGGCAGGAAGGGACAGAAGAGAGGAGGUUAUUUUUACAAGAUUAAGGGUGGGACACAGCCAGUUGAAUAAGACAUUAAACGUGAUAGGAAAGCAUCCAUCAGGAAAGUGUGAUUAUUGUCAGGAAAUAGAGACUGUGGAGCAUGUAUUUCUACAGCGUGGGCAGUAUCAGAGGGAAAGAGAGAGGAUGAGAUUUAGUAUGAGGGAGAGGGUGAUACAGCAAAUUAGUUUAAAGAGUAUAUUGAGCAGAACGUCAUUAGAUAUAGUCUCAAAUAUUUUGUUAUCUUUUUUAAGAGAAACGGGGUUGGCAGGUAGGAUUUAGUUUCUCCCUGUCUCUGGCCCACAUUCCAGUAAGGUAGGUGGCGGUAAUGCACCAUAAUGUUGGAUGCCAACCGCCGAUAAACCACACAGAAGAAGAAGAAGAAGAAGAAGAAGAAGAAGAAGUCGUUAACAAUUGGAAAGAUGGUCAGAGACUGAGACAAGGAAGCGACAGCGGUCCUGAAUGGCAAUACUUUGAGAAAUUAGAGGAGAAGGUGAUGAAAUCAAACUCUGCGAGGUGGAAUUGAGCUACAGUGGCAGUACAGGUACAAUGCUGAAAGAGAGUGCGAUAAUGGACGGAGUGAGAAAAUCACAUAGCUGAUUACAGAAAUGAUUGCAGUUUAUAUGCAGCCAUUGUCAAUGGUAGAGGAUGUCGGCUUCAAUACCCUAAUGGCAUAUCUAGAACCAGACUACAAGAUGCCAUGUCCAAGAACCGUGACGGAACCUGAUGGAGAAAUUGCCAUGUCCAAGAACCGUGACGGAACCUGAUGGAGAAAUUGUACAAUGAUUGCUCUGCAAGUACAAAGCGCGAGCUCUCAAACACCAUACCUGGCGUUAACAACAGAUUGUGAACAGAUCUAUGAACACGCUGUCAAACAUCACUGCAACGAGCCAUCACAUUGAUGAGAAGUGGGACAUGAAGUACGUACUGACAACAGAGAACAUGGAGGAGGGCACACAACAGAGAACCUAAAAUGGCAUUAAUACCAUCGUUGCUGAGUGGGUGGGGGAUGGCAGUAAGGUGAACGCCGUCUGGUAGGGUUUCCAGUAGUAACCACAGCCACAAAGACAAAAUUGACAACCAUAAAAAUUCAUGAAAACAAAAGAUAUUUUUGGUCUUAAUUUAAAGUUAGGUUUAGGCAUAAGGUUAGCAGUGUGGUUAAGGUUGGGGUUAAAAUCACAUUUGUAGAAAUAGGCGGAUUUAAUGACUUUGUGGCUGUGAAAACUAGUGACGACCGGUAUGUAGCCAGGACUGCGGUAGAUUGAACUGCAUUGUCCCCUAGUGGUCAUACACAGAACCAUAUCUAGAUUAUGAAUUCAUGCCAUUUUUUUUUCGUUUUUUUUUUUCUCACAUUUGUCACAUACCUACUCUGUAUAUUUUUCUAGGAUAUUUAAGCUAUCUGUGGUACUAUGUACACUAUAAACCGCUCUCCCGUCUUUUUGUAGAUCGUGGGACAGUCCAAAAGGUGAUAGUACUUCCUAAAGACACUAGCACAACGGAAGAACUCACAUUAGAGGAAGUGGAGGUGUUCAGGGUAAUGACAAUCACUACUAUUUCAUGUAAAUCACUGUCUAGUAUGAAUGAAUACAUGAAGGGAGAUGGGACAAUCCAAAAGGUUCAUUCUGCAGUAUUAUCUUUUUCUGACCCCUAUCUUCGCUUUUUUUUUUUGCAGACUCCAGCUCCUAUUAAGACCAUGAAGUUAUCAUCAAAAAGGGUAGGCUUCAUCAAUUAUAAUUUGUUCAUCUAUGAUUACUCCUGUUGUGUUGUUGCUGUUGUUGGUAUGCCCCUGAUAGUCAUUCCUCUCCCCUUCUGACCCACAGCAACAGCUGUAUGUGUCGUCAGAGAGGGGGCUUACCCAGUUGUCCCUGCACAGGUGUGGCGUCUAUGGGAAGGCCUGUUCAGACUGCUGCCUGGCCAGAGACCCUUACUGUGCCUGGGACGGGGAGACCUGCGCCGGCUUUAGCCCCUCCACCAAGAGGUGAGGCACCUUAGCACCAAUGAGGGGGUUACAUAAUAGAGUGCCUUCAGAAAGUAUUCAUACCCCUUGACUUAUUCAAAAUGUUCUUGUGUUACAGCCUGAAUUGAAAAUUUAUUAAAUUUUAUUUUUUCCCCUCACCAUUCUACACACAAUAAUACCCCAUAAUGACAGUGAAAACAUGUUUUUAGACAUUUUUGCUAAUUUAUUAAAAAUAAAAUACAGAAAUAUCUCAUUCAUGUAAGUAUUCACACCCCUGAGUCAAUACUUUGUAGAAGCACCUUUGGCAGUGAUUACAGCUUUGAGUCGUCAGUAUCAGCUUUGCACAUCUGGAUUAAGGGAUUUUCUCCCAUUCGUCCUUGCAGUUUUUCUCAAGCUCUGUUAAGUUAGUUGGGGAGCAGCAGUGAACAGCAAUCUUCAAGUCUUUCCACAGAUUUUCAAUGGGAUUCAAGUCUGGGCUUUGGCUAGGCCACUCAAAGACUUUCACAUUAUUGUUCUGAAGCCAUUUCAGCGUUGCUUUGGCUGUAUGCUUGGGGUCAUUAUCCUGUUGGAACGUAAAUUUUCGCCCCAGUCUAAGGUCGUUUGCACUCUGAAGCAGGUUCUCAUCAAGGAUUUGCCUGUAUUUGGUUCCAUUCAUUGUUCCCUCUAUCAUUACCAGUCUCCCAGUCCCUGCCGCUGAAAUGUAUCCCCGUAGCAUGAUGCUGCCACCACCAUGCUUCACGGUAGGGAUGGUGUUAGACGGGUGGUGAGCUGUGCCUGGUUUUCUCCAGACAUAGUGCUUUGCAUUCAGGCCAAAUAGUAAAAUGUUUGUCUCAUCAGACCACAGAAUCUUUUGCCUUAUGCUCUCAGUCUUUCACUUGCCUUUUUGCAAACUCCAGGCGUGCUGUCAUGUUCCUUUUUCUCAGGAGUUACUUCCGACUGGCCGCUCUCCCAUAAAGCCCAGAUUGGUGAAGUGCUAUAGAAACAGUUGUCCUUCUGGCAGGUUCUUCCAUCUUAGCCAAGGAACUCUGUAGUUCUGUCAGAGUGGUCAUUGGGUUCUUGGUCACCAGCCUGACCAAGGUCCUCCUUGCCCAGUUACUCAGUUUGGUCAGAUGGCCAGCUCUAGGCAGAGUCUGGGUAGUUCCAAUUUCCCGAUGAUGGAGACCACUGUGCUCUUUCAACACUCUAGAAAUAGUUUUAUACCCUUCCCCAGAUAUAUGCCUCAUCACAAUUCUAUCUCGGAGAUCUACGGACAGUUCUUUGGACUUCAUGGUAUAGUUUCUGCUCUGACAUGCACUGUCAGCUGUGGGACAUUAUAUAGACAGGUGUGUUUCUUUCUAAAUCCUGUCCACACAAUUUAAUUGACCACAGAUGCACUCCAAUCAAGCUGUAGUGACAGCUGAAGAAUGAUCAAUAUAGCUCAAUUUUGAAUGUCAUAGCAAAGGGGUGUGAAUACAUGCAGUACCAGUCAAAAGUUUGGACACACCUACUCAUUCAAGGGACAUUCUUUAUUUUGUAGAAUUCUACAUUGUAGAAUAAUAGUGAAGACAUCAAAACUAUGAAAUAACACAUAUGGAAUCAUGUAGUAACCAAAAAAGUGUUAAACAAAUCAAAAUAUAUUUAAUAUUUUACAUUCUUCAAAGUAGGCACCCUUUGCCUUGAUGACAGCUUUGCACACUCUUGGCAUUCUCUCAACCAGCUUCACCUGGAAUGCUUUUCCAACAGUCUUGAAGGAGUUCCCACAUAUGCUGAGCACUUGUUGGCUGCUUUUCCUUCACUCUGCGGUCCAACUCAUCCCAAACCAUCUCAAUUGGGUUGAGGUCAGGUGAUUGUGAAGGCCAGGUCAUUUGAUGCAGCACUAAAUCACUCUCCUUCUUGGAAAAUAGUAAAAAGAAAGAAAAACCCUGGAAUGAGUAGGUAUUAAUGUAUUUCAUUUUCAAUACAUUUCUAAAAACAUGUUUUCACUUAGUGAUUAUGGGAUAUUGUGUGUAGAUGGGUGAGAAAAAGAGAUAUUUAAUCCAUUUUGAAUUCAGGCUGUAACACAACAGAAUGUGGAAAAAGUCAAGGGGUAUGAAUACUUUCUGAUGGCACUGUAUUUCUUUAUUAGUUUAGCUGAAAUAAUUCCAUCCAAACUGCUUAUCGGGUUUCAGGCAUAAGUCAAAGUUGUGAUAAUGUGUAGAGUGUAAUGCACUGUUCACAGGCGGAGCAGAAGACAGGAUAUUAAGCAUGGAAACCCCUUGCGGCAGUGCAGAGGGUUCAAUGCAAAAGGUAUGUGAUCACGGCCAAAGCACUGAACAGUAUCUCCCUUACAUCUUAUAUAGAGUGUGUAUCUGAAAGCCUGUUCUGGCAAAUAGAUUUUUGUAAAAGGAGUAUAAUUUGUUUCUGCGUACUGCAUACAAUGGUCUCACAACACAAUCUCACGAAGGAAUUAACCACUGUUAAUGGCCAUAAUCUAUACUAUUUCUCUGAUUCUGUCCCCUUCAGUGGAGAAGCGUCUCAGUGAAACGGUGCAGUUUGGGGUGGAGGGGAGCAGCACGUUCCUGGAGUGCCAACCUAGAUCUCCACAAGCAACAGUCAAAUGGCUCUACCAAAAACCAGAUGGCAGGAGGAAAGUGGUAAGACAAGGACUAACGGACCGUUUAGUUCAGAUAGCUUUUGUAUGAUGGCUGUAGAUAAUGUCGUCUUCUCCUUUUCUCUCACGCUGAUGUUCCUUCUCCCGUCUCUCCCCCAGCUGAGCCGAGACGGAGAAGUGCUGAAGACGGGUCACGGCAUCCUCCUCAAGUCUCUGAGGCACGCCGACGGGGGUCUGUACCACUGCCUGGCCACUGAGAACAACUUCAAGCACACGGUGGCCCACGUGGCCCUCCGCAUCCUGGACCGGGAGAUAGUGGAGGCCCUCACCUCCCUGGACGGCCCCCCGGAGGACCAGAACCCCCGUCACCACCCGCACCCACCGCCUCCACCUCCCCCGCCUCACACUCUGCCCCCACAGUUCUCCUCCCAGCCGGAGAUCCGCCUCAUCAACCAGUACUGUCAGUCCUACUGGCAGCAGUUCAACCCCAACCUUCCCACAAAACGCACCAGCAGGAGGCACGUCGAGAGCCAGCCAGAGCCAGCCCUGGGGGGCCCUAGCCCAUCCUAG